AUGGUCAAAGAAACCGAAAUUCCACUGAGGGCACCAGUGUCUGAACCACCUGAUAAUCAGUUUCUUCUUGUGUUCUCAGACUGCUUUUCUCAGAAGUUUGUUCUGAAGUGUGGGAACUUUGCUGUUUUGGUGGAUGUUCAUAUUUUGCCUCAAGGCUCCAGUAAAGACACCAGCUGGUUUUCAGAUCAUGAGAAACAGGAGGUCUGCAUGCUGGUAGAAGAAGUUGUUGCUUCAAGGGUCAAACAGUACUUGGAAGCACCUAAACAACGUGGUCAAUGGAAAUCAAUGGAACAUGCAUCAUUUGGUCCUUUGUUUCUUACUGCCAACAGUUUUCACAUUACUGCCUACUUUAUGAAGAGAUGGGUUAAUCUCCGUUGCCAUAUUGGUUGAAAAGUUCGGAAGCUACGUGUGUUUCCAGACAGAUUUAUAGUUUAUGUCAGUAAACUUGAAUCUAUUCCAAGUCCUUGGACAUAUGAAAAUGGUGUAUUGAAAGAAGAACUUUCCAGUGGGACGUCUGAAUAUUUUACUGAAUCUGCUGAGAACAAGAAGCUUAAGAUUAGUCUGAAUGAACAGAUAAAGCAAGACAUCUUGAAAGAAAUUGUGAAAAGGACAAAACCAAGGCAAAGUAGCACAAGGAAUUCUCAGAUCAGCAAGGACUCCAAGAAAGUGUAUCUUGGCUCAGUGGAUUCACAGAUAGGGAACAGAAAGAACAACUGUCAGACUUCCCUCAGUCCUCAAUCUGAAGUGAAAUGUAGGAGUGCAGGACAGCUGAAGGACUGCAUAAAUACAGCUGAGAACAACUUGGAGCUUCCUGUUUUGGAACUGGAAAAUUAUGUUGAUCAGAGACAGCCAGAUAAUGCUAGCAGACAGCAAAAACCUUACUCCGUGGAGUGGUUGAAGUCAAGUCUUCUAAGUGAGAACCCUCCUUGUAGCUCUGAGUUGGCACCGCUAGGACCAAAACAGAAUAAAAAAGUGACCAAAACACAGGCUCAACGGAAGGGCUGUGGUUCAGAAGAAAAGUUAGAGCAUUUAAAAAAAGUGUCCUCUGAAGGGGCUCCUUUCAUACCUAGCAAUACAGAAGUGAGUAAGUACGAUCAUGAUUGUUUAGGUCCAUUCCUGGAGGAGAAGACCCCACUUAAUUCCAGGUUGUUUUCUAAGCAAGACUUGACAAAGACUGCAUCUGAUGAGGAGUCACUAACUUUGGGAAGAAACCUCUCCCGGCCUCUUUCUGUGAGGAACAAUAUAGUGCAGACAAACACAAAGGAGCCAAGCACAGCUGCUGAAGAAUUGCCUGUGAUGCCAUCAUAUUGUUUAGAACUGCAGCCUGUGUCCUCAGAGAAGCCUAUCCAAAAAAGAAAAAAAGAGGUUGAAAAUGGUUUCAGGAAGUUAAAGCUGCGAAGGCUUAAGAAGUCGUAA